UAAAGAUCUGGAGACAUUUAUCCCUUGAAUCCCCAUUGAAAGCAUAUUCCAUCAAAUAAAAACAGCAGCAUGAACGAGAACGUUUGUGAUGACAUGUACAACAAUGUGAGCUCAGUUGCCAUGGAUCUAUCUAAUUUAGUGACUUGGGCACAUACUCAUGGAACUAUAUGCAGUCAAAUCCCAAGCUUGGAAAUUAUACAGAAUAUGGGAAAUGCCACCAGGGACAAUUCUGUUUUGUGGAUAUGUGAAUCUGGACAUGCAUAUCAUUGGCCCUGUGGGGCAUUAUACUUCAGAAGCCAGGAGGAAAGGGAGGAAGCUGCAGAACGGAAAAAGAGGUCCAGAAGCUAUGACUCCUGGUCAAUGGAACAUAAUUUAAGUGAAAAGAAGUACAGGGUAGCCUCACCUUUUGAAAAAAAGAAAGCUGAUUCAGUUAACAUGGGCUCAUGCAGCAGAUCCCCCGAAAUAAUGCAGAAGAAAGAGGACACGUUCUGUGUAAUCUCUGAUACAAUGACAAAAGAAAAGCAGAGUGGAGUAGUUCCUCAGAAAGACAGCUAUUCCAUGAGGUCAUGCUUUGCUGCAGAACUGAGUCUUCCAUCAACUGACUAUCAUGCCAAAACUGACCACGGUAAUGAAGAGCCAGAAAGCAGGGAGGACCUGCAAGACAUCUCUGAUGAAGAAGAAUUUGAAACAGAUACAGGAGACCAACUACGCAGAAGUAAUUGUGAUUCUGAAAGGGUAUUCCAGAAUAAAGCAGCAUUUACUGAGGAGGAACUGCAAAUGCAUGGAGAUAGUAAGGUCAUUAGCAAACGAGCAGCCACCCAGAGAUCAGUUUCUGUCUUUAAAGAAAAGGCUGCAGUAAUUCCCUGUUUACAAGAGAGUUCAGAACACAGCCAUCAUAGGAGCCUGGAAAACAACUGCUUGAAGUUAACAGCUUUUCAGCCUACAAAGUCCAAAAGCAAAACCUCUAAAGCAGGGAAUUCCUGUGAAUCAACAGCAUCCAAAGAACAGUUAAAGCCAUUUCCUGUCUCCAGCAUGGAAACAAAGGCCCAGUUUGAGCCCACCCCAAUCCUGGCUUUCUAUGACACUGCACUCACUGGAGCUGUCCAUCAGCAGCUCCAGCUGUGCCCAGCUGUGUGCACCUCAUCAGGAAUGGGACUAGCUGCGAACUGUGCUGAAAUACCUACCGAGGAGAACAAACAGCCAGGACCACCGAAUUCUGCAAAUUCUUUAGCCCUGCCUACUCUGGAGAAUGAAAACUCUGAGGACAAUCUGCCUGUGGCUUCAAACAAAAAGACAUUGAAGAAGUCGGAGAGUAAGAGAAUUCGUAAUAUUGGUGAUAUAAAAAUGUUCAGAGACUGGUUGGCUUCGCAUUAUCCUUCUGAAAUGCGUGAGAUCUUCACACUGCCACCUGCAGUCCUUGAUAAUUACCUAGCCUCCUUCUAUACUAGAGUCAGGAAGCAGAAUGGCACAGAGUUUUCCGCCAACUCUUUAUUCUUCUUUCAGAGCAGUAUAGACAGAUACCUCAAGGAACACAAAUACGAGUAUAAUGUGAUUAAAGGGCCUGAGUUCACAGCAUCUCAGGAAGCUUUAAAAGUAAAAUGCCAGAAUCUAGCACAGAAGGAGAGGGAGAGAGAUUGGAAUAUUUUGGAAAACCUGACAGAUAAAGAUGUAGAGGAUCUUCGUAAAAAGGGCAUACUGAGUCGAAUGCAUCCGGAAGGAUUUCUGCACCUAAUGCUUGUAAACAUCAUCCGAGGCUUUGGGACACACACACACAGUCAGACUCCAAAUCUGUGGUGGGGGCAGAUUGUGUUAAAAAAGAAUGAGGAGGGAUUAGAGUACUUGGAGUGGAAAGAUGAUCUGAACACACAGGCAAGCACAGAAGAGUCAGUUCUAUGUAUUUAUGCCAAACCUGAUAAUCCAGGCAACUGUCCAGUCAGGGACUAUAAAGAGUAUGCUAAGAGAAGGCCACUGGAUAUGCAUCAUGACCGCGAUCCAUUUUACUUAUCUCCUAAACCUUUGUGCUGCAUAUGGGACCAAAUAUGGUACUGUAGAAAAUCACUGACAAAAACCAAAAUGGAGAAAAUGAUGAAAGUCAUCGUCCAGCAAGUUAAAGGAUCUGAAAAAAAGUCCAUGAAAUAAGUUACCAGUUUAAUUUCUGCUGUGCCUAUUUUCGUAUAAGUAUGUUUUAAAUCAGUUCUGGAGUUGUUUAAAAUGACAGCAGUUAGUAUAGGUAGCGAGGGAACCUCUCUUCUCAGCAUAUUGUCCAAAGUACUUACAAAGUUUUGUUGUUAAAUUGACCACUGCCUUCAUUUCAACAUGAAGGACUUCCAUCAAUAAAAAGACCAAGCAUAGAAUUCACUCUUACAUUCUAUUUACUGAAUUAAAUCUGAAUCCUGGAUUUAAAACACUGUUAAUGUUCUACUGAAUUAGCUCAGUAAUGUUAAUGUUGAAAGAACCUGUGUUUGAAUACCCUGCUUGAGAAUUAUAGGUAUGUUCAGUGGGGGUGAGGCAGGGAGAAAUUGAUCCUGUUGUAAACCAAGCUUGUGGUCUAAUGUGUAAUUUAUCUGUCUCUCUUUACAAUAAAAAGAUAAACAGGUGGAGUUGGCUUUGUGAAUGAAGAAGAAUGAUGAAAGAUCACACUAGUUGGCAGCUACUAAUCUAUAGCUAAUCAGAAUGUUUUAUACAUACAUGUUCUGAUCAAUUCUUAUUUUUUUAAAUGAGGAAGAAAUUUUUACAUCUAAGAAGUUCUGAAUGUGUUUUAGUAAGUUACCAACCCCCCAAAUGCAGUUAAUAGCACUGAAAAGCUUUGUAGCAGCUAUUUUCCUCUGUGCGAUAACCAUAGUCUG